ACUAUCGCUGUCGGGCCCGAAAGCUGCUGGACGCCACAAAAGAGGAAUCGCAGGUGGCCUCCUUUGGACCUGAAGGGAGGAGGACAGAUUCCAAAUUCCAAAAGCCCGAUGUUCUUGCGCAAAGGACCUCACGGAACGUCAAUUCUCGACAUCCCGUCCGUCCUUAUCUUGUACAACGGCGAGCCGCUCGAUGAAAAGACCAUCCUGCUGCGGUCGUCGGAGGUUCUGCCGCCUGCGGCCGUGAAGCUCCUUGACGUACUUGGCGACAAGGAGACGAAACGUGAUAUUUCAAAUAACAUGGUCAUGCAAGGCGACCUUCCCGCGGCCUUCACCUUCAUUCAUAAUCAUGCUAAGUUGACGCAAGCACUGGCAAUUGCUCUUAUCUCAGAGGGAUAUAUACGCUGUCUCAGCGGUACCCCAUUGAAACGCCGGGUCUCGAGAAUCAAAUUCUUCAGAAGUAUUGUCGCACGCGCGAAACGGAAACGAAUGGCCCUCAGCAAGAACUGCUACCGUUGACGCAAAUCGAGCUUAGGAUGGAGCACCUCACCCGUCCUAUAAACCCUGUCCGGGUCGAGAGGAUUGUCGGCAAUCUGAACCAAACAAGAGAGUUUGAUUUCACCAAGCCACUGGUUGUCGUUGCCAAAGAGAAUGAAGACGGAGAGAUUGCAGACGAGGCU